CCGCCGUCCUCCACUACGCUGCUUGCCGCUCGCCACUCCAUGGCUCUGCGUGCCUUCUUAUCCUCGCCCUCGACGUUAUAGCGCUGUUAGAUGGAGCCCGUGGUAUAUGAGGAGUCGCCUUUAGCCGAGUACCUCAGAGAUGGGGGAGACGAGCCACAGCUAGACUGGGCGCCCGGCGCGACGACUCCCGAUACCGAAUCCUCGGCUGGUCGAUCCAGCCCUUCACCACCUUCCAGUCCCUCUCCCUUUGCUCCUACAGGCCGACCUCUUGUUAAAGCGAGAUUCCGCAAUAAAGUCCCUGGCCCCCUCCACCUCGACGUCGCAAAACCCGUCUCGUUGCGGUCUAUUAGGAAAAAAUAUUCGGCCGUGGUAGCAGCGAGCAUUGACCGUGCCGACAAUGCCAAGUUCCUCGAGCAGUUCCGUUACACGAUCAUCGCCUCCCAACUGUUGAGCGGCCAUUCUGGGCUAGGACAGCACCAACUGAGUGCUGAUGUCGGUGUAGCGCCCGUAAGCGAGGAGGAUCAAUCUCUAGUAUCAACCGAGGGCAUUAUUGCUUCGGUACUUGCUGCCUUGGCAGUCGCAGUGAUCUUGAGCUGGGUCGUGGAAAACGGGGUCACGCGGAAGCGACUAGUCUUCCUCGUCCUGCUCGGUGCAGCCAGCAUCCUCCUUGGACAGGUUCAUAUGAGAAGACAAUGGCUACGAUAUCGAAGAUCGCAGUCUUUAUCCGAAAUAACGAAAUUUAUCGAAAACUCUCAUAGCCAUGACAGCGCUUCAGGGGCGGCCCUGUCUUUAAUCCAGGAGGUGGAAUUGGUCUCCCGUGGUUACCGAAUCGCACCAUUACCUCCCAUCAGUCGGAUCGAAGACCGUACCCAGACUCGAAAAUGCGUCCGGUUACGCAGGGCGCUUAAGAACUCAUUAUCUGGCGUCCUCAAGACGUACAAUCAAAUGUGUACCGUUGUGAAUGGAUUCGCAGAGCAGACCGACCUGGAGAAGUAUUAUGACAUUUAUGACAUUAGCGAUUUCGAUAUGUCUGAUGCGCAGCGCGGUUUCGAUAUCGAUGAAUUUGAAGACGUGGAGUCAUUGAGGACCCUGAAGAUCCUCGCUGCCCGGUUCUAUACCCUCCGCAAAAUGUUCCUCUGUGCUCUGUUGGCUCUUGAUGCCAGCGGCGACGCAAAUGACUUGCUUCGGUGGACGACGGCAGUGGAGUCUCUUCGGAGUGUCAAUGCCACGACGAAUAGUACAUACGACAGGUUGCAGACUAUCCUCAGCGAGGAAGAGACAUUUCCAUUGUCACCAAACCCGAAGAACGCACUUACCCCUGGAAGGGAGCGCUGGCAGGCUCGGCUUCGGAAACUUAACUCGCUCUCCACUGGGAUUAGGGGGCUGCAAGCCAAGCUUCAGCUCUUGCGCGAGGAAUCAGAUAGGACACUCAACGAUUCGAACGACAUUUCGGAACUAGGGCCAAACCUCAUGUCCCAAUUCGAAUCCAUUGGCGUGGACUUGAAGGAUCUCAUGGCAGCUUGGGAGGAAGGCCGAGCCGCCCUGGCCCUUGGGAUCGAUAGAAACGAGAAGAGGCUUUCGUCCAUAAGCACUCUGAUAUCCCCCGCCAGCUCCCUGAGUGGACUCACCACCGUCGACGAAAGCGGUACUGCCGUCGAUGCACUGAAAGCACUCACGGGCGAAUCGCCGCCAAAUUCCGAAUACAAUGGCUCUGUGGACCACGAAGCGCCGGAGGUGUUUGAGGCGGUAGCACGGCCCCGACCACGAAGCAUGCUUACACGAGAGGAGAGGAUAGUCAGGAUGAAGGAAGACCGAGAGCACAAGGCAUUUGCCCGUCAACAAAUCGAUGCAACCAAGGGCAUGCUCCGGGAGCUGGAGACAGUCAUCAACCUCCGGCCUCGAACUCGCAUGAGUGCCCCGGCUGGACGGAUUGUCUCCAUGUAAACCCACUACCUCGAUCACCACCGCCGCCAUCCUCGCGCCAUCAACGCGGUAAUACUUUUGAACCGACUUUUAUUUGCUUUGUUGCUACUAUUACGACCAACACCACAUCGCAUGCACCUGUGCGCCGGCAUGCACACUGCAUUUAUUUAGCAAGUCACGACAUGCACGAUUUUCUUGGGCGGUACAUUAUCAUAUAGAACGGAAACAGGCGCAUGCAUGGGCAUCUGGGAUUAUUUUUGGUUUGGCUAAAUUGCUUUUUGUUUGAUGUUUU